AGAAAAAAAAGAACCUACCAAUAAUACAACGGAUGGAAAGAAUUCAGCUGAAGAAUACAAAUUCAGCACAUCAGGAAUAGCUAAUACCGUACAAACGUCUAUGGAUGAAGUGAAAUCUAGCCUCAAAGUAGUAAUGAAUGAAGUGGCCGCAUUAGCGUCAAGUAUGGAGAAUUUGAACUUACAAGCCAGCAAAUCAGCAG